GGCCUACGCGUCGCGCGGGGGCAGGAGUUGACGGACGGUCUCUGGCUGCGUUUGGGCGGCCCUGGGACCACGGAAGAGGCUCUCCCGGGCGGCCGCGAUGCCUAGCUCGCGGCGGGUCAGUCAGCUUCUGGAUCUGUGGAUAUGGCUAAGAUGAUGGAGCUACCUGGUCAAGAGCUUCAGUAUUUUCCUGGGAAAAACAGGAUGCCAGCAUUUCUUGUCACACUCCUCCCUAGAUACUUGUUCACAGGCUAAAUUAUGGAUGCCUGUGGUGCUGCAUGAAGAAUAUUUCCAGAUAUAUCACAGACAUUAAGCCUUUGCCUCCCAACAUAAAAGAUAGACUGAUUAAAAUAAUGAGUACCCAGGGGCAGAUAACAGAUUCAAAUAUAAGUGAGAUUUUACAUCCUGAAGUCCAAACUCUAGAUCUACGAAGCUGUGACAUUUCAGAUACUGCUCUCCUGCACCUGUGCAACUGCAGAAAACUAAAGAAAUUAAAUAUAAGUUCCUCAAAAGAAAACAGAAUUUCCAUAACUUCAAAAGGAAUAAAAGCUGUGGCUUCCUCUUGUUCAUACCUACAUGAAGCUUCUUUGAAACGAUGCUGUAAUCUCACUGAUGAAGGAGUCCUUGCUCUUGCAGUCAACUGCCGGCUGCUAAAGAUCAUUGACUUAGGAGGCUGUUUAGGUAUUACCGAUGUGUCCCUCCAUGCAUUAGGAGAAAACUGCCCGUUUUUGCAGUGUGUUGAUUUUUCAGCUACUCAGGUAUCUGACGAUGGCGUGGUUGCGCUUGUUAACGGAUCUUGUGCCAAGAAAUUAGAGGAGAUUCAUAUGGGACAUUGUGUGAAUCUGACUGAUGAGGCUGUAGAAGCUGUCCUCACUUGCUGUCCUCAGAUACGUAUAUUACUCUUCCAUGGAUGCCCCCUAAUAACAGCUUGCCCACCGUGGUUUCUGACCCCACCAACGUUAGUGCAGUGUGGGACUGGGGUAAGCAGGAACAGAGAUCAUUCACGAGAAGUCCUGGAGCAAUUAGUAGGCCCAAACAAACUAAAGCAAGUGACGUGGACUGUUUACUGAUGCUCAUUGAAGCUUAUCAAAGCAAUGAUCUUCAUACUACAUUUCCAGGAAACAAUGGUCUUCGCAAUUGGCUUUCCAAUAAUGUGGUUUGUGCUUUGAAGUUAACAGACCCUUAAACAUUUUUAAUAGUGCUAUUAUCCUGUUUGUUUGUGGAGUCAUUGUUUUUGACUGUGGUAAGCCUAGCAUGCCCUCUGAUGUAUUGGGGUGGGGGGCGGGAGGGGAGUCUUGUGCUUGCUUCUUAAAUAGCAAAGUUUUAAAUUACCAGUUUUUCCUGGAUAUUUCCUUCUCCUACCUACCUGUUUGUGCAGUCAUAAGAGAAAUUUACCAGUAUGAAUAACCAUUAGGAGAAUUCUAGUAUCUCUAAAAGCCUAAUUACCUUCCUAGCAAUUUUCUGGCCCCUGCCUUCUUUAAGUAUUUAAAUGCUCAUUGGUCAAAAGCAAAGCUGAACAUCAGGCCUGUAAAUCCUCACAGAAUUCAAUAUUCAAUAAAACAAAAAAAAUAGACUAAUGUCAUAAACCCAUGACAUCAUACACCUUAGCCGUUCAGCGUAUGAAUGUUAGUGAGGCCCUUGCCCAGCCACUUAUUUGAUUUUCAUGGCUACUUUUCCCCAAUACGUGCUAUUCAUCUAUGAAAUUUCCUCCUUAACAACUAACUGCAUUCAGGAACAUAUUAAGAAUGAGUAAAUACAAAAUAUCAUUGUAGAGGCUGUUUCCUAAAGUUCUGUCGAUUUCAUAUUGUGAACUAAACAGCACAGAUCUUAGUUUUCAAAUGAACUGCAUUACUCUUUAUAAUCGCAAAAUUCUCCGAAGUAUAUAUACUGUGCUUAAACCACCCCAAAUUCAGUAUACUCCCUGUGCCAUGGGCCUGUCUCAGUGGGACUUUUUAAAGAUUUCCUAUUUUAACUCUGAUAUAGUACAAAAGAAGGGAAGUAUGGUAUGGUAAAUUUCUUCUACAUGUUUAGAAGGAGGGUUUAUACAUUCAACUCUAUUUCUCGACCUUACUACUAAUUACUUUAUAAAUGUGGUGUAUAUAUAUAGUAUGGAUAUAUAUAUAUAUAUAUAUAUAUUGCCCCUCAAAGGUGGGACAUAUGUAUAUAUGUGUUCAAUGGGUAAGGCCUGUUCCACCUAUGAAAUUUUUCUAAAGACAAAUUCAGUAAAAUUUAAUAAACAUCAAACAAAGUCAGUAGCUUUUCCCCGUUUUUGGGAAACAAGUUUUUUCAAGAUCUAAAGUGUCAGCUUUUUAGGGUCUGUAAAGAAUUAUCUUCCUAAAAGCACUUUGCAGUUUAAUAUUCUUGCCUUUUUGUAUUGCUGGUUAUAUUAGCUAUUUCUGUUUAAAAUUUCAGUACCCCAUUCCUACCUAUCUCUAUCAUCCUCACCUUGCACUUUGACCUAUUUUUCUCCUUACCAUUUAUCACCAUCUGGCAUCUUGUCUGUUUUUAUUAUCUAUCUCCCUAGAAUAUAAGCUUCAUAAAAACAGGAAUUUUUGUCUUUUCUUCCCCGGUGCCUAGAACAGUAUCUGGUACAUAAUAAGCACCCAAUAUUUGUUGAACAAACACACAAAAAAAUAAAUAAAGCAGAAAAAUGAAUAAAUAAAAAUAAUACCCAUACUUCCAGUUUCUGGUCUGAUGUUCUGAAGUGAUUAGAAGUCAUCUCUCCUGUUCUCAUUAGAUAAAAGCUGAAUAAACUGAAAAUCAUGAAAUGGUACAGUAUUACUUUAAAGUGGACUAGUUGUAAAUGUAAACUAGGGCAACCACCAAACACAAUUUUUUAAAUAUGUAUAAUUGAUAUUCUAAGGAAGGAGAGAAAAUGGAAUCAUAUAAAAUGCUCAAUUAAAACCAGAGAAGGCAGGAAAAGAGUGGAACACCAAAAAAGAAACAAGGAACUAGGGCAAGAAAUAGAAAACACUUAUAAAUAUGGUAGAAAUUAAUCCAGCUAUAUCAAUAACCCCUUUAAAUGUGAAUGGUUUUAAUACAAACCUGCUCGUUAAACUAUGAAGUCAUUCAAGGCUCACCAUUAUAUACAUGGGAGAUUUUUAAGUAUCUUAAGUAACAUUUGGAUAUCUCAAAGACCUUCUUGUGCCCUCCUAAUAAAUCAUCAAGAGAGGAUAACAGAAACAGGGAUUGUACAUAUUUAAACUUAAACUUAAAUCUUCUCGUUGUCUCAUCAAGUUGAUUUCCACAGUGCUCCAGAGUGUAAUUUACUCUUUCUUAUCUUGCUGGGAAGGGCAAUAACUAGCAGAGUACUCUCAAUUUUCAAAGGAUAUUGCCAACAAAACUCUUUCCUCUCAAAUGUCAUCCAAUGCCAUUGUAACCUAUAAUUUCUAUUAAUUUUAACGAAGGCUGAAUCAAAAUUUAGAGUUGAUAAUGUUUAAGACCCAGAAGACCAAUGGGAAUUAUAUGCACAAGAGUUUUCACUGCGCUGAAAUAAACUCUGAUUUCCAAGUUCAAGAAUCACAAGAUCUUCUGCAGCUCCAGCUUCCAAACUCCCAUUGAAUUAUCCUCUUUUCCUGUCUAAGCAACAACUUGCCCUUAACUGCUUUCUCCACCUUUCUGCUGUAUGACUAUAGCUCUGAUCACAUUUCCCUGCUACCAUAAUCCCAGUGGCUUACGUGUAUUAUUAGAAAGUUUAUAUAUAAUGCACGUUAUAAACAAUUCCUUAGCAGUGUAUAAGAACAUAAGAGUACAUUAUUAGAGAGGCUGCAUU